UGUUAUUAUUUUAUUUAUUUUGCUAAGGGUCACAUUUCCAGUGCAUUUGUGGCCAAAACUUUAUGUUUAAGCCGCAUCUAUUGCGCUUAAUAAUUGGCUCAGACUUUAUCGCACACACUGAGACUAAAUCCAACCCCAGCAUUUUUACACCUGAACACCCAGCGGGGAGGAGGAUACAGAGAAAACACAAGAGGACUGUAAAAGGCAAGAAAAGUCCAGGUUAAGAUUCCUCCUCUGUCCCUGCCUCCUUCCCUCCCGAGUGCGACUGAUCGCGCUUCCUAAUGACAGACUGAAAGGGAACCUGAGCUUAAACUCUCUCUCUCCCCCAAGCUCGCAGCUUUCAAAUGCAAAUCCCUCGCCACGAGACAACCCCUCCCCAAUCAUAACCCUUUGCUCAUUCUUAUACUCCGGGCUCCAUCUGUAGUUUCUUGUCAAGAGAGAAGCUUUCAGCUUGGGCGCAGUUGUAGCAGUCGCGGUUUCCAGGAGGAACAAAAAAAAAAAAGAAGUCACUGUGCAGUCGCGUCUCGCUGGAGUCAGAUGAAGUGUCGCUAGUGAAGGGAGCAGAAUCGCACUCUUCACAUCACAAAGCUGCUGUGAUUGCCAGUGGAGCGCACACACCUCCUCCUACAACUUCUCCGCGGAGACAGCGCCAGCGCAAAGCACGUGUCUGAAGGAGAGGCGCAGCGCGCACGGAAUUUACAAAAAUCCAAGAGGGAAUAAGGUACUUAUUAGUAAUUCAAUGGCUAUACACCAAGGGUAACCCCUUCCCUUGAAGACUCUACACAUUAUUUGGCACCCUGUUGAGGGUUCCAAGCUGAAACUUUUGGGAUUAUCACUCUCAUAUAUUUUUUAAAGAAAAGAAAAAUGAAGAUGGGAAAAUGUGAGUUGUGUCAUUAUCUUCAGAUUGUAGCUAUUUUCUUUUGUCUUUUUGGAAUAAGCCAAGCUGAGUUUUCAAUGUCUACAUCCAAGCCUUACAUUCAACCUGGGAAGUCACGAACAAAGCGCAGUUGGGUGUGGAAUCAGUUCUUUGUACUGGAGGAAUAUACAGGUACAGAGCCUCUCUAUGUGGGCAAGCUUCACUCUGAUGCGGAUAGAGGAGAUGAUGCCAUCAAAUAUGUCUUGACAGGGGAAGGGGCAAGUUCCAUUUUCAGUAUUAAUGAGAAUACUGGAGAUAUUCAUGCUUCAAAGAGGUUGGAUAGAGAGGAACAAGCCUACUACACACUGAAGGCCCAGGCUAUUGACAGGUUAACAGACAAGCCAAUGGAACCUGAGUCUGAGUUUGUCAUUAAAGUACAAGAUAUAAAUGACAAUGAGCCUAAGUUUCUGGAUGGUCCUUACACAGCUGGAAUUCCUGAAAUGUCUCCUGUUGGAACAUCAGUGCUACAAGUUACAGCAACAGAUGCAGAUGAUCCAACGUAUGGAAAUAGUGCCAGAGUUUCCUACAGCAUUAUUCAAGGUCAGCCCUAUUUUUCAGUGGAGCCAAAGACAGGUAUUAUUCGAACUGCCUUACCUCAUAUGGACAGAGAAGCCAAAGAUCAGUAUCUGCUCGUAAUACAAGCAAAGGACAUGGUGGGACAAAUGGGAGGAUUAACAGGAACAACUUCUGUAACAGUAACACUUACAGACGUCAAUGACAACCCACCAAGAUUUCAUCGCAGAUCUGAUCAAUAUUAUGUACCUGAAUCUUUACCUGUUGGUUCAACAGUGGCUAAAAUAAAAGCAGAUGAUGCUGAUACUGGGGUCAAUGCAGAAAUGGAAUAUACGAUAUUAGAUGGUGAUGUCGAUGGCAUGUUUAAAAUUACAGUAGACAAAGACACCCAGGAAGGCAUUGUUACAACUGAAAAAGAGCUGGAUUAUGAAUCAAAGACAAGUUAUACCCUUAGGAUAGAAGCAUCAAACAAACACGUGGAUACUCGGUAUCUCAAUGUAGGCCCCUUUAUGGAUACAAUGACAGUGAGAAUUAUUGUGGAAGAUGUGGAUGAACCACCUGUGUUUUCUUCAAGGCUGUAUUCAAUGGUGGAGUCUGAAGCAGCAAAAAUAGGCACUAGUAUUGGAACAGUAAUAGCACAUGACCCGGAUGCAGCCAAUAGCCCAGUGAGAUAUUCAAUUGAUCGCAAUACUGACCUGGAGAGGUUUUUCAACAUUGAUGCAAACAGUGGACUUAUUACUAUCGCAAAGCUUCUGGACAGAGAGACCAAUGCUGUUCAUAAUAUUACAGUAUUAGCAAUUGAGAGUCAAAAUCCUGCACAAAUUGGUAAAGGAUUUGUUGCAAUAAGUAUAAUGGAUAUUAAUGAUAAUGCACCUGAAUUCGCAAAUGAAUAUGAGACUACCGUUUGUGAGAAUGCUUCCCCUGGAGAAGUAAUUCAGGAAAUACGUGCAACUGAUAAAGAUGACCCAUCAAGUGGCCAUUGGUUUUAUUUCACUUUGCCAUCAGAUGCCAGCAAUGUCAAUUUUACACUGCAAGACAAUAAGGAUAAUACAGCUUCAGUCAUAACAAGAAGAGGUGGAUUUCGGAGGCAGAGACAGUCUGUGUUUUAUUUGCCCAUUGUGAUUGUGGAUAGUGGAUCUCCAUCUCUCAGCAGUACAAAUACCCUGACUAUUAGAGUUUGUGAUUGUGAUGCAGAUGGUUUGGCCCAGUCUUGCAAUGCUGAAGCGUACACAUUACCUGCUGGUUUAAGCACCGGGGCUCUGAUUGCAAUUUUAGCUUGUGUCCUGACAUUACUUGUUCUCGUUCUUCUAAUUGUUACCAUGAGAAGACGGAAAAAGGAACCAUUAAUAUUUGAUGAAGAAAGAGAUGUCCGAGAGAAUAUUGUAAGAUAUGAUGAUGAGGGGGGUGGCGAAGAAGACACUGAAGCAUUUGACAUGGCUGCUUUAAGAAACCUUAAUAUUCGAGAUAGCAAAUCGAGGAGGGAUGUGACUCCAGAAAUCCAGUUCUUGAGCCGACCGUCCAUUAGAAGUGCACCAGACAAUGUGAUUUUCAGGGAAUUUAUCUGGGAUAGACUGAAGGAAGCUGAUGUGGAUCCAUGCGCACCACCUUAUGACUCCCUGCAAACAUAUGCAUUUGAAGGAAAUGGAUCAGUAGCAGAAUCUCUAAGUUCUCUAGAGUCAAACAGCUCAAACUCUGAACAAAAUUAUGAUUAUCUGAGUGACUGGGGUCCUAGAUUCAAAAGACUUGCAGAUAUGUAUGGCACUGGUGAUGACAGCUUGUAUUCAUAGCAUUGGAACAUCUUCUGUAUAUUACUGAACUGAAGAUAAACUCAGUAUUGACUAAUA